GCUCCGUGAGACCGUGACGCUGCCACCGGUUCCACCUCGCGGCGCCGGUAGCACGUGUCCUCGCUACUUUGUUGGGCUUCGUACUCCACGUCUCCGCCCACUUGCUCCCCCAGGAGACAGAGUUCUUCUCAUCGUUCUCGCAGUAAACUAAUGGCGGUGCCCUGCAAAACAAACCGUAGCUUUACACAUCCCGAGAGGCAGGCACCCGAAUCAUAACAGCGCGGACGCAUGGUGCAGCCUCGCAUGCACGCUGGGCGACGUGCCGAGACGCUCCGGCGCCACGCAGCGGGAGGGGGAUCGACCUGCUCGGCCCAAACAGCGGCUCCCGAUCAUAUCAACACGCCCGUCCCUAUCGGAUUGCUUCGACUCGAGCUUCCUUCGUGGGGGAGAUGAAGAGGCUGCUUGCUCAUGGGCAUUUUGGUUACCCCUCCGGGAGCUUGGUGGGCAGAUCCUCUGCCCUGCCUACGCUUUGCAGCAGUGCUAUCCCCAGGUACUAUUCAACCGAGAAACAUGAUGACACACCGAGUGAAAUCGGAGAGAAGGCAAGAUCAACAGCAGAAGAGUUCCUGAGGGUGGCCAAGGAGAAGACCGACGAUGUUAGCGAGAGCGCAAAGGAAACCUUGCACGAGCCGAAGGAAGCGGUGGUCGGGGAGUCAGCUGAAGACAAUGAGACGUUCAAAAGGAGGGUCGAGAAGGGGAGGCGCCAUAAAAAAUGAGUGCAAAGUGUUGUCAUGGCUGUUGUAUGCAGUCAUGGAUUGUUAAACUCAUAGGCCCUGUAGUUUAUGGAAGUGCUAGUCUUUGCAUCUAGACAUGUCUGAUAUGUUUUCCACCUUCCCCUUCAAUAAUGUAACCUUCAGAGCUACACAUGUUAU